AUGGAUUUCUCCAACCUCAAAGACCAGGUCAGCAACAUGACCUUGUAUGACCUGAAGGCUGGUGUCCGCAAGGUCCAGAAUGCCGUCAUGAACUAUACCGAGAUGGAAUCCAAGGUCCGGGAAGCUACAAACAAUGAACCCUGGGGUGCCUCGACCACGUUGAUGCAGGAGAUUGCCAAUGGAACACACAGCUACCAAUUGCUCAAUGAGAUCAUGCCCCUGAUCUACAAGCGAUUUACCGAUAAGGCCGCAGAGGAAUGGAGACAAAUCUAUAAGAGUCUCCAGCUUCUCGAAUUCCUUGUGAAGAAUGGUUCCGAACGAGUUGUCGAUGAUGCACGAUCUCAUAUGUCGCUUAUACGGAUGCUCCGACAGUUCCACUAUAUUGAUAUGAAUGGCAAGGAUCAGGGUAUCAAUGUGCGCAAUCGAUCAUCUGAGUUGGUGAAAUUGUUGGGUGAUGUGGACCAGAUUCGCACCGAAAGGAAAAAGGCCAAGAACAACCGCAACAAGUUCAGCGGUUUCGAGGGCGGCAGUGGUACUGGAGGUGGCAUGUCCAGCUCCGGUCGUUAUGGGGGCUUUGGCAGCGACAGUAUGGGGUACGGCGGAUACAGCGGAGGUGUCUUCGGUGACGGCGGCGGGUUUGGUGGACAAUCUAGCGGCGACUUCCAAGACGCCGGACGCCGGUCCAACCGCUUCGAAGAAUAUGAUGAGUAUGAUGAGGGCGAUGCCCCCGCACGUACGCCUUCUGCCCGAGCGAAGCCCCAGGCGAAGAAGCCCGAGCCAGCUCCUGAGCCUGUAGCGGACCUUUUCGACUUUGGCGACGACGAGCCUGUCACCACAACUUCCAAUGCGGCUGGCAAGCAACCCGCCGGCAGUGCCCUCAACAUUCUAGACCCCACCCCAGCCGACGAUGACGACGAAUUCGACGAUUUCCAGUCCGCAACCCCGGCUACCCAGCCCACUCAGUCGUCAAACCAGUUCAACAUUCCUCCUCCAGCAUCCACCGCCAGCACAACCUCCAACACCCAGUUCGUCGCGCCUCAGCCAAUCUCGGCCUCGCAGGGCGCCAACAUCAACGGCCUGGUUGGAUUCACCUCAGCCACACCCACCCCCUCUUCCAGCGGGAUGGCCACUCCCCUUUCGCAGAUGGCCCCAAUGCAACAGCAGAAGCCCUCCGGAUACCAAGCAGCCACGCCAAACUAUUUCACCUCCAUCCACGUGCCCCAACAUUCCGGAUCCUCCCACGCUGCCACUUCCUCCGUGUCCUCCAUGGCCAGCCCAUCCAGCACAGCGACCAAGCCAGCCUCAGCAGCAGCCAAGAAGCCCUCCGGCGACGCCUUCGGCUCGCUGUGGUCGACCGCCAGCGCCAGCGCCGGCAUCCAGAAGACCAACACAGGCAACCAGAAGGGUCCCAACCUUGCCAGCAUGGCCAAGGAAAAAGCCAGCGCCGGCAUCUGGGGCGCCCCAGCCCCAUCCAGCAGCGCUUCGACACCAAGCCAGCCCCAGCACAAGCAACAGUCCAGCUCGGCCUUUGAUGAUUUGCUAGGUUGA